GAUAUAGGGACAGAUGUCCCUUGUAUAUUUACAAAUCAACAUACUUCUGACGCACAUCGUAGGAAUUUUCUUGUGUUAUACAUAAACAGCGGCAAAGCUUCUUCGCCAUCGCUGAUUCCCCAUUGUCAGAGUUACCUUGCAACGUCGAGGGCGUUCUCGCAUUGGCGAGUAACUGGCGUCAUAUUUAAGUUCUGACUACAUUGCAUCAACUUGCUCAACUCCUGGCCAAGUUCACUGCGUCACUAUUCGCAAAGUGACGUCACGUAACUGAGCAUAUCCCUUUUCUUCGCGCCAAUUUCUGGGAACAUAUCAUUCGCGGCGGCAGCGCCACCGCAGAACGCACUGAUACAUCGAGCGCAUCGAGGAAAGAGCAGUACGCUACUUAAGGCAUCGAGUGCUUCUCUCCAUAACAGUUUGUGCUGCAGCGUGUUCACCCAUUCAGCGCUCCGCUUCGUGCUCGUGAAGUGCUCAUGGAAACGGCAAGGCUCGAGAGGGGGGCGUCGCCGAGGCGUCUUCUGUGGGCGUCCAUUAGCAGGGCUGCAGAACGCGUGCGUUCGCCGCCUUUUGAUGAUUCUGACCUCUUCAAGGAAGAGACGGAAAGCCUCCCACGUUACCUUAAGGAACUUCCAGGCUCCCUGGAUCACAAGAAGGGCACUAUUACGCCACUAGCGCACUCUCCAAGAGACUUCAUGCGGCCGUGUCUGACGUCUGUGCCCGACGUCAUCGCCGAAAUGGUGACAGCGGCUCACUAUAAGCUGUUGCUGGACACCCUGAUGUUUCGCACAUGUCAAGAUGGAAUCGACUACAGCAAUGUGAACGCCGAGACCAUCAUCGGCAGCGAUGGCGUUCUGUCGGCUAGCGUGAACGCAAGUUCCCGCUGCCUUCACGUGCAACUUCACGGGAUGGAGGUGCUGCAGCGCUACUUCGUCUCCGUGGACGUUCAGAUUUACGAAGAGACAAGUGGCUCGUCUGACAACGUCUCGUCGUAUGUAGCACUGCAGCCAAACCUGCUGGACGGUUUCAGUUGGGCCAAGUCCACACUGCACCUUGACUUGUCUGCGCAUCUCAAGGAAGGGUUGCGGAGUUCGUCGUUCUGUGUUCGUGCUGCUCCCACACGCGCCGACAUCCGCUACCAGCUGACGGUGCGCAUACUCAAACUGUCGGAGGACUGCUGGCCUGUCGGCGCGAAGCCUGUGUUGAUUCACCUCAAAGAGGGCUUCGUUCACGAACUACUUUCGUACAGCCACCAGACAUUGAACCACCCAGUAGUGUUUCCUUGUGGAAUGCAGGACGUCGCAUCUCUGGGCGAUCGCACACCGGUCACUCUCGCUUCGUUGGGACCCUACAGCAUCCCCUCCCCGACGACGCCGUUUCACGACAGCUGUCCGUGGCAGGAAGGGUUCGACGCACGGGGCACGUGUGGACAGGAUUUGUUCCAACGUGAAAUCCUAGAACCAGUUGCGGUGCAGGGCAGUUACCAAGAAAAAGCGCAGUUUCCUCUUUUUCAUACCGUUAUUGGGAACGGCUUCACGUCUGAAGUCUCCUACUGCGACGACGAUUUCACUGUGGACAGGGGCCAGGCGACCUUUUUCCGAGACCUGGACAGUGAGGCCUUGCUGCGCCAAAUCCAUCUGAGCCAGCGCCGUCCUCCGACCACGCCGCCUCCGGGGAGCCGCUGGCAGCAGCAUCGGCGUUGUCCCUGCGACGAGAGGCAUCAGGCGGUGCGGUUCGGCGUCGGUACCUGCAAGGAAGAUCUUUUCCAGGGGCACAUUUCUAGGCCAUCGGCUGAGCCGAGGUUUUUUUAACAUUGUUUUAUGCAACCUUUAUUUAUUUGUAAAUUUCUUUACCAACAUUUUGUUAAUGUAAUUAUUUCCUCUGGUUUGUAACGAUAUGUUUUUAUUGUCUGACCUUGCGGCGUUGUGUUCGCGAUAAACGCAUUGUAGUGGCGUUUGUACUGUCGAUGUCAAAUGAAACGCUGGCGCAUGGCCGAAGGUAGUUUUAUCCGCCUUCUGUAGUGAUAUUCGCUGUUUGUCUGCGGGGCCGCGCGCUCAAGAGGGUGGCAAUUGCUUAUUUCUUUGAGGGUCCUUCUCUCGUUUUGUCGCUAAAGCGACACGCCAUAAAAUGUUCCCAACUGCCUAUACUGGUGCAGUAGCACAUUGUUUGCAGCCAGUGCAGUUUCGGUGAGAGCGCUUGGCAUCGAAGAAAAGACACCACGAUAUGUUUAUUCGAUUCCUGCAGCCAAACAGAAUAUGCACGGCUGUCUGAUGGUCACUGGUAGAAGGCGCACUCUACCUCCGGCCAUGCGCUUCAGUUUUCCCUUUUAGUUUCAAGUCGAUACGAGUGUCUCUUGCUCUUUACAUUCUAAGUUGACUUUGUUUGAUCGCAUUCACUAGUCGAUCUUAACUUAGAGCUUCUUGCGUUUCCUUCUUUAUGAGUUUAUCUGAAAUAAAAUAACCGUGUUAUUGUU